AUGGCGGCCGGCGUGGCUGGUGUUCGUCGCUUGCCACUUGUUGUUAUUUUGGGUUCUACUGGGACAGGAAAAUCCAAACUAGCCAUCGAAAUAGGUAAAAAAAUUGGUGGAGAAAUCAUUAGUGCUGAUUCGAUGCAAGUUUACAAGGGUCUGGACAUCAUAACGAAUAAAGUAACUGCCGAAGAACAGUCGCAGUGCCCUCACCACCUGAUUGAUUUUGUGUCACCGCUGAAGGAAUUCUCUGUAGUAGAAUUUCGAAAUAUGGCUUUACCUUUGAUCGAUGACAUCAAAAGUAGGGAUAAAAUUCCGAUAGUUGUUGGUGGCACAAAUUAUUACAUAGAAUCCGUGUUGUGGGAUGUACUGAUAGAUGAAGAAGACAGAAACGUCAAUUUGUCUAGCGGCGAAGAACUUGAUGAACCUGAGGGCCAGGGUCCUUCGAGGAAAAUAAAAAAACGAAAGCUUCUUGAAAGCACAGGUGUUUUAGGCUCUACCACAAUAUAUGAUGAAGCAGUAGUGUCUCCAGGAGAGGCAUCCCAAAGGUCAAAGCGUUCUGAGGAAAGAUCUAAACUUCAGUUUUUUACUGAUGCUGAAGCAGGAAGAGAAGAUGAGCACAGCUGUAAGACAAGCCUUUAUGAUAAGCUCAGGGAGGUUGAUCCAGCCAUGGCAGACAAGCUACACCCAAGUGAUUCCCGGAAAAUUGCACGUAGUCUACAGAUCUAUGAACAACAUGGAAAACCACACAGCACAAUUAUACAAGAACAGCAACAAAAGCCUGGAGGCAAUGCAUUUGGUGGACCUCAGAGAUAUGAGGAUGUCUGUGUGUUUUGGCUCCAGUGCCAAAGAGGCAUCCUGAAUGAGAGGUUAGAUAAAAGAGUCAGUGAAAUGCUAGAAAGAGGCUUGAUUGAAGAACUGUUGAAUUUUCACAGAGAAUAUAACCAUGUGUUAGCAGGAAAAGAUACUGUAGCCAAAUACACUGAGGGCAUAUUUCAGUCCAUUGGAUUUAAGGAAUUUCAUGAGUUUCUUGUCAAACAACAAGGCAAAGAUUUUGAUGAAAGCAGUACAUCAGCAGAGGACAAAGCACUUCUUAAAAUUGGGCUUGAUAACAUGAAGACAGUCACACGAAGAUAUGCAAAAAAGCAAAUGACAUGGGUACGAAAUCGCUUCUUAGCAAGACCAGUUAGUUCUGCCCCUGAUGUAUAUGGUCUAGAUGCAACAAAUCUUACAGACUGGGACAACAGUGUCCUUCAAAAUGCACUAGACAUCUUAGAUAGAUUAAUCUUUGGUAAAAGACCAGCUAUUGAACCACUUCCACGGGUGAUCAUUCAAGAUGAUCGUCAUGCCAGACAUGUGUGUGAGAUUUGUGAAAACCGUAUUAUUUUGGGUGAAGAGAACUGGAAGAAACACUUACUAUCUAAAGCACAUAAAUGGCAUGUUAAAAGGAAAGAUAGGGGUAAGCAGCACAAUGCUACCAAAGAUCUAUAAAACCGGAUAGUGAAUCAAAAUUGCAAAAACCAUUUUUAACAUUGAGGACAUGACAUCCCUGAGUAAACCCUAGCUUUUUUAAUAUCAGACAAGAGUUGCUGAUUAAUUUGUUCAGAGCUGGGAAUCAUUUCUCUUACCCUUUUCUGUAACUGAUAAAGUCUUAACAUGAAGAAAAGCUAUUAUCUUGGUCUGAUACAAAAAUUAAUAAUGCAUCAUCUUUACCAGAAAAAAAAAAGUCUGGGUGUCUCACAGAGUAAAUCACGCAAACAGCUCAUCUUUCCUUUCUUCAUAAAUGGAAUAGGAAUGCUUUUUAACAAACUGGCACUGCUCUAAUUGGUUGCUUGACAACAGUUACUUCGCAAGAUAGACUCGCUGGAUAUCAGUACAGUUUUUUUUAUGCAUUAUUUCUACAUUUCUGUAGUAUUCUAGUAUAAUUUGAUCUAGGUAAAUUUCAUUUUGUUAAGUGUAAAAUUGAACCACCUCCAUUAGCUUCUGCUAUCUGCUGGUCAAAAGAAUAUUUUGUAUAUUAAUUUCUCAAACUCAUUAAUUAUUCAUGCAAUCAAAAGCCAAUAAAUAACCUCCA